AUGGGAGGGAUGGGAUGCGCAGACACUGCAGACACAGCACUGCCUAACGCUAUGGCAAACACAGUGCUCGCAAUCGGCGGUCAGACCGAUGAACCGCCGCCUGAUCUCAGCCCUCAACAGGUGAACACAAUAUUGAGGACAAAUGAGACGACAAUUGGGAAAAGUAUACUAAAAGUAAAGCUCAUUGAAUGCAAUCAAUUGGCGUCCAAUCAUCCCAUCGAAGACAGAAUAAGGAUAUCGACGUUUCACUUCCCGGACAAUCAUUCCUCUGACAAAAGUGUGUCCAAAUCAAUAGCAUUAGCGGGAACAGAUGAAGUCGGGGCCGUCGAGAGCGUGAAGGCCGCCUCUGAGAUAUUCACUCCCGUUUCCGGACGUAUCGCACAAAUCAAUGACAAACUCGAAGACAAACCCGGUUUAGUGAACUCUUCGUGUUAUGACGAGGGCUGGCUUUUUAAGAUUAAAUUGUCUAAAAUGGAGGAAUGGGAUCAAUUGAUGGACGAAGACUCGUACCAAAAGUUUUUAAUAUCAAUUAAAGAAGAAUAA